AGAAGAAAAGGAAGAGGGGCCAGGGAACACACUGAAGGUAACUUCUCCGUUAUCCAGCUACUAUCAGGUCCGGGUCUGCCACUGUUCCGCUCUUCCACAGCACAGCUGUAGGAUGGACAUAUCCAGCCGGCUGGAGAUGUGGCAGGAGCUGGCUGAGAUGUGUGGUCUCAUUACAGUCCAGCAGAGCCUACAGCAGGUCUGGAGGCUGCUGCUGCCCUGCCUGAUCUGCAGACUCUGCUUCAGACUGGGGGGCGUGUCCACUGCAAAGCAUGUGACAUCAGUGUUGGCUGGGAUGUACGGCCUCUUCCUGUUCUUUGAGCUGCACAUGCUGUGGGUCCUGUUGCUCAGUGCACUCUGUUACCUCGUUCUGCUCCUCAGCCGACACUCGAGCAGCAGAGGCCUCUUCCUUUCAGUCGUCAUCCUCAUCUACCUCCUCAUUGGAGAGUUGCAUUUAAUUGACAUGGUGACCUGGCAUAAAAUAAGAGGCUCUCAGAUGGUGGUGGCCAUGAAGGCCAUCUCUCUGGCCUUUGACCUGGACAGAGGAGCAGUAGGCACCCUGCCCUCCCCAGCUGAGUUCCUGGGCUAUGUUCUUUUUGUGGGCACUGUUGUGUUCGGCCCUUGGAUCAGCUUCUCCAGUUAUAAGAAUGCCAUUGAAGGCAGAAAACUGAGCUGGUUGUGGCUGCAGAGUUCCUCACUCAGCCUCGUGAAGAGUCAGAUCUGUCUGCUGGUCUCUACCUGCAUCGCCCCUUACCUCUUCACAUUGUUCAUCCCCGUCCAAGGAAACACAGUCACACAGAAGUGGCUGCAUGCGUAUGAGACUGCAGUGUCCUUCCACUUCAGUAACUACUUUGUGGGUCACCUCAGCGAAGGCACCAGCAUGCUGGCUGGAGCAGGCUUCACUGAAGAAAAAGACAACAUCAGAUG